CAGUGUUACGCGAGACUGAUUUAUCGCUGGCGGCCACGCGACCGGGCGGACACCGGACACGACACAAUAUAUCCCCGCCAUGUGGUUGACCGAGUGCGCAAGCGCACGGCGCGGGGGGAUGCCGGUGCGCAAGGGGCUGCUGGCGCCCCAAAACACCUUCCUCGACACCAUCGCCACGCGCUUCGAUGGCACACAUAGCAACUUCGUGCUGGGCAACGCGCAGGUGCCGUCAUACCCGAUCGUGUACUGCUCGGACGGAUUCUGUGACCUGACGGGGUGGGCGAGGGCACACAUCAUGCAGAAGGGCUGCGCCUGCAAGUUUCUCCACGGCGCGGACACCCGGGACGAACAUCGGCAGGAGAUCGACGCGGCACUGGACUCCAAACAUGAACUCAAACUCGAACUUAUAUUUUAUAAAAAAAAUGGUUCUCCCUUUUGGUGUUUGCUCGACAUUGUUCCAAUUAAGAAUGAAAAACGUGAAGUGGUUUUAUUCCUCGCCUCGUUCAAGGACAUCACUAACACAAAGAUGGCCGCUAUGACCACUAAUGAGGAGUUCGACAGCGGAGCCGCGGUGCGGCCUUCGGCUGGCGUGGUCACUCUAGCGUUAUCCCCAUUUGUACCCGCAGCGGCACUCUUGGGCGCCCGGUUCCGCGCUGAAUCUAGUUGCCUACUUCCAGACCCGAAUGGCAAUUUGGACCCAGAAGCGCCGUCGCCUGCCAACAUGGGCAGACGGCGAUCUAGAGCGGUACUUUAUCAGCUUUCAGGACAUUAUAAACCGGAAAAAACGAAGAGCAAAAUUAAACUAAACAAUAACCUGCUUCACUCAUCCGACCCGCCGCUGCCUGAAUACAAAACGUCCGCUAUCAAAAAAUCAAAAUUUAUAAUAUCACAUUAUGGCGUAUUCAAAACAUUUUGGGACUGGUUGAUACUUAUAGCCACGUUCUACGUUGCGGUCGUGGUACCGUACAACGCCAGCUUCGUUGAUGAAGGUCAUCCCAGGAUCAGCGUCACUUCUGACGUUGUGGUUGAAGCUUUAUUUAUUGUCGAUAUACUACUUAACUUCCGAACAACUUUUGUAAGCAAAAAAGGAGAGGUGGUGUCGGAUUCUAAGGCAAUAGCUUUUAAUUAUUUAAGGUCGUGGUUCGUGGUGGAUCUGCUGGCCGCGCUUCCCUUUGACCUACUUUACGCGUCCGACGUAUACAGCGGCGCGGAAUCUACUCACGGGAACGUGCAUUUAGUGAAGCUCACGAGGUUGUUACGCUUAGCGAGGCUGCUGCAGAAGAUGGACCGAUACUCGCAAUACUCGGCCCUCAUUUUAACACUUUUGAUGUUGUCAUUCUCGCUCGUCGCUCACUGGCUCGCUUGUAUCUGGUUCAUUAUCGCUGAAAAGGAAAUUGAAAAUCACAGAAACGAGAGCUGGGAUCUAGGGUGGAUAAACAAUUUGGCGGAGCGGCUGAAAGUGCCGGUGCCUGAGAUAUCACACAGUGAGAGCUACGUCACCGCGCUGUACUUCACUUGCUCUUCUCUCACCAGCGUUGGCUUUGGAAACGUCUCCGCUAACACUUUACCCGAGAAAGUAUUUAGCAUUCUUACUAUGCUCAUAGGAGCCCUCAUGCACGCCGUUGUGUUCGGUAAUGUAACCGCCAUUAUUCAAAGAAUGUACUCGCGCCGGUCCAUGUAUCAGAGCAAGUGGCGCGACUUGAAGGAUUUCCUCACCAUCAAUCAAGUCCCCAAGGAACUCAAGCAACGCAUGCAAGACUACUUCCAAACCAUGUGGUCGCUCAACCACGGGAUUGAUAUUCACGAGACUCUAAAGGAAUUCCCCGAAGAACUGAGAGGCGAUGUUUCAUUACAUUUGCACCGGGAAAUCCUAUCGCUUCCAAUUUUCGAGUCGGCGUCCCAAGGAUGCUUAAAGCUACUAUCGUUGCACAUUCGCAACAACUUUUGCGCUCCUGGCGAGUACCUCGUCCAUAAAGGCGAUGCGCUCACAUACAUUUAUUACAUUUGCAACGGUUCAAUGGAAGUAAUGCAAAACGAUAUGGUCGUCGCUAUUCUAGGCAAAGGAGACUUGGUGGGGUGUGAUAUGAAUGCUCAUUUACAUGCAUACAAUAUGGGACAGUCACAAAAUAACAACCAAGACUCGGUCAUCGUGAAAUCUAGUAGCGACGUUAAGGCUCUCACAUAUUGUGAUUUAAAGUGUAUAGCUAUGAAUGGUUUAGCAGAAGUCCUUCGACUCUAUCCAGAAUACCAGCAAGAGUUUAUUCAGGAUAUCCAGCACGAUCUCACUUAUAACCUACGAGAAGGCUACGAAGCAGAGCAAGAAUCAGACGGCAAUGGCCACCCCUCCCUAACGCUGCCUUCCAUAUCAGAAGAUGAUGAAAAUAUAGCAGAGGAAGGUCUUUCCCCUAAAAUGAAACCACCGCCUUCUAGCAUCACUAAUAGUCCUCGCCAUCUUAAAUUCAGACCAGACGGACAGCGAUUAACGCACAGGGAAUUACGGGAGAGAAUAGAAAGACAGCGUUCGGUUGCAACGCCUAAAAUUACGAAAGCCGAUUCAUUGGAGGGAUUAAAUUUAGAAGUGUACAACACGCGGUCUUCUGUAGAUAGACUCGACACGCAGGUAUCGAGCUUGCAUCAUGACGUGGCUGCGCUCAGUAUGGAGGUACGGCAUGCAAUACAAGCAUUGCAGGAGAUGACGGCAGCGCCGCCGGCCGGCUGGCACUCGGCGCAUUCGAAUCCCAACCUGCAGUGGAAUACUCCUCCCAAUCAACUCGCGCGCAGCUGUAGCCAUCCACCUGACGUCUUCUGCUGGGAUCAGCAAGAGCGACCGAGCACACCUGACCGUUUGAAAGUACACCGACACACGCAAACGGAACCCUUCCUUCAUUCCAUUACACAAUACAUCCUUGAGCAUCCUGCCACGGUGAUGCUCUUGCUUGGCCUCGAACCGGUGACGACACUAGCACCGGCACCUUCCGCGGACUACUAUGACCCUCGGAGUCGCAGACCCAGCACGCUGGAACAAAUCGUAGAAUCAGAGAACGGCAGCCAAACCCCCUCAAGUACAGCAAGCGAAAAAUUCGAACUCAACAGAAGCCUCAGCGAAAGCGUCAAAGACAUUGAUAUACAGCCUGAAGUGAAAAAACUGGAGCGACAAGACGCAAAAAUAAGUAAUAUGAAAAGGAAUAGGUAUUCUGCAAGUGACCUGAGCGAGGAGACGGAGCGGCUGCUCUCGACCUCUCUUCCCAGCACUCGCAGCCUUAAGUUUAAUAUUAACAGUUAAGUUUACUGAAGACAAUUCCAUUUCCGCGAUGUCGUGUUUAAUAUUGUGCUCAUUAGUCUUUAGAACUUUGAUGUAAAUUAUUUACCAAGUAGAUUUAAUCAAUCGCGAUUAAAUUAACCUUGGGUCAAUGUGAUGAUGUUUCGAUACUUACAAUUAAAUGUAGUUAGGCCUCGAAGAGACUCUAUUAGAUUGUAGAAGAUAACUACAUUACUUAUUUAUAUCAGUUUAAUUUUAAGCCCAAUGAUGUCUUUGUUCAACAAAGUCUAAAAAUACUGAUGGAACCUCGUUCAUGUUUACAAUACGAUUGUGUACAUAUCAAUAUCUUGAUUGUUUAACUUACUAUUAUUAACAGAAUGUGAGUUAUAUUGGUAAAAUCUCUAGUCACUUGUACUUAUUAGAUUUAAGAGAUUACGUGAGAGGUAUGUUGAGUUUAUGACAGUAUUACCUACUCGUAACUAUUCUAAGAUUUGAGUCCCUACUGUUUUUAUUUUAAGUUAAGUUGUAAUGCAAUCAAUUAAAGUUAAAUAAGUAUACAUUUUUUUAUUAGGGACCCUUGUAUACUGAAACGUAUUUUGAUCAAAGCAAGAAAAAGCAUAUCUAUAGCUAAAUUGUUGUAUACAUAUGGACCCGUACCGCUUUGCGCGUACCUAUAAUAAAUAUUAUCUAGACAAUACAUAAUCUGUAGAUACGUACCUAUUACCACAACUGUCUUCGCGUCGAGGUAUUUAGGUGUACGACUUUAAAUAUUUUUAGGUAGAUUAUAAACUUAAUUACACGUUUUUGAAUUUGAUCUCUGUAUUUCAAAACUAUACUAUUUCAAUAACUGGACGUGUAUAAAUAGUAAUUUCUAUGUGGUCUUCCUGUAAAUGUAUAAAUUGAUAUUUUUAUGAAAAAGUCGAAAUUGUACUUUCUAAAGUGUAUUUCAUGUGAGUAUUGCCAAAUAAGGAAAAUAUGCAAUUAAACAACGUGCCAAUGUUAAAAGCGAAAUUUUAUCAGUUAUAGGUAUUAUAUGUAAUCACUAAAAUGUAAAAUUGAAGUAUUACAAAAAACGUUUCAUAAUUAGUUAGUGAGUUAAGUAUUUAAAAGCCCGUCUACUAACGAGAUGAGCCCGUAGAUUGGAUUAAAAAAGUUUGUUUUGUCAAUAUAAUA